ACCACAGAGACUGCUGCUCAGGGUGCACCUGUGAGGGGGCGAGCUGGGGCCUCACGGCCCUGUGCCUGGGUGGGCAGAGGCCCACAUAACUGGGGGAACCCCAGGGCCCAGCCUUGAGCACAUCCCGGUGUGCGUGUCUGGAGCAGUGCUGGCCGCAGAGCUGUCCUGGAGAUGUCCCUGGACACACUCCUUCUCAUGACCUCGUGGCUAGAAGAGCCAGGACUGUGCCAGGCUUGGGCAAGGGAGGGGCUGCACCCCAAGCCUGGAGGCAGCCCUCUGUGCAGAGAGGUCGGGGAGGGGUGGGUGACGCUGGCAGGGCUGGUGUCUUCCAGGGAAACUGGGCCAAGGAAGCCCAUGCCCAUCAGUCAAGGCAGCUUCCCAGGUGGCCCCUGACCCCCAACUUCCGGUCGCCACAUGGCCUGUCCGGGAGAAGCCCCCAGCAGAGCCCUGUGCCUGCAGGCCUGCCCUAGGAAGGUGCAGAGGGAGGGCUGGGCGUCUUUGGCAGCACCCAUGGGUGUUCCUGGUGAGCAGGAAGCGUCUGCUCCUGUGCUGCAGAGGACCUGGCCCCCCUCUCUUCAGGCCCAGCUGCGGCGGGUGCUGCCUUGUCUCCCUGGGACAACGCUGGGAGGUGUGGCACCACCUGGAUGGAGCUGCCUGGCUGCAUUGUUCCUUGGCUCCUGGUGUCUGUCCUGGGUCCCCGCUCAUCUCCUGAGAGGAGGUAUGGCUUGCUGGGGAUGCUAUCAAAGCAGACAGGAGGGUCUGGAGCCGUUUCCUGAUUCCCCGUCCCCAGGAAAGUGAGGGGCGUGCUGUCAUGGCCAGGAGAUAACGCCCCAGCCUGUCAGCCAACCCCGACUCAGCUCCGCUUUGUGGUUAAGGGAGUUUCGGAGUGAACAUGCUCAGACCCCUCUACUUCCUGAAAUGUCAGGGGGCCUGUAGAGAGGGCACGCAGGGCCGCGGCAGGAUGGGCCUGGGUCCUUUUAAAUAGUACACUUCUCAGUAGGACCAACAAGACGCACAAGGUGUACCAGAAGGCUUACAUUAGAGCCACCCUGAGAUUGGAACCGCAAACAUGCCAGGAAAUGCCACCCCAGUGACCACCCCGCUCUCUCAGGCAGUCCCGGGACCGUCUGCUGGGCUCUGCAACGCACCUUUCGAGGAGAGCAGAGUGGUCCUGGUGGUGGUGUACAGCGCGGUGUGUGUGCUGGGCCUGCCGGCCAACUGCCUGACCGCGUGGCUGACGCUACUGCAGGCUCUGCAGGGCAACGUGCUGGCCGUCUACCUCUUCUGUCUGGCGCUCUGUGAGCUGCUCUACCUGAGCACACUGCCGCUCUGGAUCAUCUACAUCCAGAAUGAGCACCGCUGGACCCUGGGCCCCCGGGCCUGCAAGGUGACCGCCUACAUCUUCUUCUGCAACAUCUACAUCAGCAUCCUCUUACUGUGCUGCAUCUCCUGUGACCGCUUCCUGGCAGUGGUGUAUGCACUGGAGAGCCGCGGCCGGCGCCUCCAGAAGACUGCCGUCUUCAUUUCGGUGUGUGUCUUUGUCCUCGUGGGGCUUGUUUACUACCCAGUGUUUGACAUGGAAAUAGAGAAGGAGAGCUGCUUCGAGCCCAUGCGGAUGAAUGAAAAGAUUGCAGGCUACCACUACGCGCGGUUUGCAGUGGGGUUCGCCAUCCCUCUCUGCACCAUAGCGUUCACUAACCACCGGAUCUUCAGGAGCAUCAAGCUGAGCAUGGGCCUGACCGCUGCCCAGAAGGCCAAGGUGAAGCACUCAGCCAUAGCAGUGGUGGUCAUCUUCCUGGUCUGCUUCGCCCCCUACCAUGUGGUUCUUCUCAUCGAAGCGGCCACCUUCUCCUACUACAGAGGAGACAAGGUUGCGAUGUGCGCCUUUGAAGCCAGCCUGUACACGGUGUCCAUGGUGUUCCUCUGCCUGUCCACCGUCAACAGCGUGGCUGACCCCAUCAUCUACGUGCUGGCCACAGACCAUUCUCGGCAAGAAGUGUCCAGAAUCCAGAAGGGGUGGAAGAAGUGGUCUGCAAAGACAGAAGUCACCAAGCUCACGCAUUCCAAGGACUCAGAGGAGAUGCACUUCCCCAUGGCGCUCGCAGAGGACUGUGCGCUUCCCCUGCCUGUGAACCCUCCCGCGCUGCAGCCAGCUAAGUGGGGCUCAGCGCACACCCAGGAGAGGCUGGUCGAGGAGACCUGCUGAGACCAUUGCACUGCAGGAGAGG